CCGAGCAGAUCCAUCCUUCCAGAGGCUGCACGGUCUGCCUGCCUGGGGAGGGCAGCUCGGGAGAGGCGAUUUGGCCAAGGUGUAGCCUUGGCGAGAAGCGGGGCGCUGCCUGCCUGCCUCCCUCGGCCUCUCACCUGCUCCUGCAGCGGCAGCGGGGCAGAGGCCCUGCCUGGGCUCGCCCGGGCUCCCGCCAGCGGUGCGAGGCUCGCCUCCUUCCCUCCCAGCGCCCGCGCUCUGCCCGGGUCGCCCGUGCGUUGCCUUCGCCCGGCCUGCCUCUCGCCGAACGCCGGGCUGACCAUGCUGGGGACCCGCCGCGACCGGCUGCUCAUCCUGCUGCUUCUCGGGGCGCUGCUCAGUGCCGAUCUCUACUUCCACCUCUGGCCCCAAAUGCGGCGCCGCCUCGCUCCGGCCGAGACGGCUGAGCCACGCUGCUCCUGCCCCGCCGAAGCCGCCGCCGGUCCAAAGUUCCGGACUCGGCCGCCCGCGAGCGCGCCCGCCAACCGGAGCCGCCAGGCCGACCGCUCCAAGCUGAGGAGGCUCUUCUCGCACCCGCUCUACAGCGCCCCCGAAGAGCCGGCAGAGAAGUUGCUCAGCGGGCAGGAGACGCUGAGCUACUACCGGCGGAAAAUAGCCCGCUGGAACAGAAGACAUCAGGUUUAUAGAGAAGAACGCAACCUAACCGUGGGUUCAGUGGUUCAGUUCCGACAUGAAGCAAGCUGGCUCCAGUUCUACCUGGGGAUCAAUCGUCAUGCCUUGUAUCCACGGGCCAGCCCUAUGGUUGAUCAACUCCUUAGGGACACACAGAAGUUUAGUACUAUCAGUGCUGAUUACAGCCAGGAUGAGAAAGCCUUGCUCGGGGCCUGCGACUGCUCCCAAAUUGUAAAGCCCAGCGGGGUGCACCUGAAACUUGUUUUGCGGUUCCAAGACUUCGGGAAAGCCAUGUUCAAACCAAUGAGACAGAACCGAGACGAGGAGACUCCAGAAGAUUUUUUUUACUUUGUUGACUUUCAGAGACACAAUGCAGAGAUCGCUGCCUUCCACUUAGACAGAAUUCUGGAUUUCCGUCGUGUCCCUCCAGCAGCUGGGAGAAUGAUUAACGUUACAAAAGAAAUUUUAGAAAUGACAAAGAAUGAAAUCUUACAAAGUGUCUUUUUUAUUUCCCCCGCCAGCAAUGUCUGUUUCUUUGCGAAGUGCCCUUACAUGUGCAAAACAGAAUACGCCGUCUGUGGGAACCCUCACCUGUUGGAAGGUUCCCUCUCGGUUUUCCUGCCUUCUCUCAACUUGGCACCACGAAUCUCCAUCCCUAAUCCGUGGAUCCGAUCUUAUAGCUUUGCAGGAAAAGAGGAGUGGGAAGUAAAUCCUCUCUACUGCAAUACCAUGAAGGAGAUUUAUCCUUACAACAGUGGCAGCCGGCUACUCAAUAUCAUUGACAUGGCCAUAUUUGACUUCUUAAUAGGUAACAUGGACCGCCAUCAUUACGAGAUGUUUACAAAGUUUGGAGAUGAGGGUUUUUUGCUUCACUUGGAUAAUGCCAGAGGAUUUGGGAAACAUUCCCACGAUGAGAUCUCCAUCUUGGCUCCACUUAAACAGUGUUGCAUAAUAAAGAAGACCACCUUGUUACGGCUGCAGCUUUUAGCCAAGUCAGACUACAAACUCAGUGAUAUCAUGAGGGAGUCCCUCCUUCAAGACCGUCUUGCCCCCGUGUUGACCGAAGCCCACCUUUUGGCAUUGGACAGGAGGUUACAGAUUAUCCUGAAAACUGUGGAGAAAUGCAUAGAGGCCUUUGGAGAAGACAUUGUUGUAACUGAUACAAAGCCUUUGGAACCCAUGGCUUUUGACAGAAUGACACAGCCAAGCUAGAAUCAAGGGAAAAAACUAGAAACUGAACUUGAAAUGAUUGAUUGUGCUUCCUUAAUCUGGACAUUUAAGACUUGGGAGGAAGGCAGUCUCAGCAGUAUCAGGAAACCACUGGGUGGUUGAAACCUGCAGCUUUGGCCUCAGAUUUAUAGAUGGGAAUCACAUACACAUCACCUACAAUCUUCCUGCCUCUUCUCCAAGAGAUUGAAGAUACACAGUCUUCUGUAACUACAAACUAUGUCCUUCUCAGAAUUUGGCUGGGCUCAUCAUGGCUGGAUUUGAUUGGUGGAUUGAAUAAAGAAGGGGAAAGACACUAAAAAACAUUUCUGGAAUGCAUCCACACUGAGAUUUAGGCCAAUAUUAAUAAGUGGACAUGUACCUCCUCAGGGAUGUUUAGUUUAUGGAGAUCUGUAGGAGAAAGUCUAGCAGCCCUUGGCAAAAGCAAGCCAUGAAAAUGUGCUGAUGUGGCAGACAUUCUGGCUCUAAUCUAGUUUAGGCAACCCCAGAAAGAAAGAAAAAAGCAGGCAUAGAAAUGCUACUUUAAGGCAUAAAAUUCCACAUAUGUCGAGGUUGCCAAGGAAGGGAAAAUGGCUCUUUCUUUUGGGUAAGGAUCCAUCAAUUUGGGAUUGUGUUGUGGGUGCCUUCAUAUGGUGUCAAAUGUCCUUGAUAGUUUCACAUUAUUGCAAUUGGCACUGAAUUCUUUCCAGUCAUUUGCUUUGGAAUAAUGAAGAAUCUUGAUUGAAGUCUCAUCACCAGUUAGCCACUGUAGUAGUGCUUCUUUUUCAUGUAGCAUCAUCAUAGUGGAAGCAGAACUAACACACAAACACACAUGUGGGAGCCUUCACUGCAGUCUGAUGUAAAGAGUAGCAAACAGAAUGUGGGCUGCAGCACUGAGUAGAAGAAGGAAAUAUACCAAGGUAAUCUACACCAACUCUAAAAGCAUUAGGAAACACAUAUUGUGUUGAAAACAGAUUUUGCACCUCAGUGCUCCUUUUCAGGGUGCUAGCCAAUUGCACACACUUCUAGGAAUCUCCCAUCCACUUUCUGACCCUCCCCCCUUUUUGCCAAUAAUUACUCUUCAACACUCUAUAAGCAGGGUAUCAACUGACUAUGGGUACUGAUUUUUUUUUUUUAUUCCCCAGUUCUUUAACUAUCUGGCACCGGCAAGGGAAAUAUUAAGGCUAGUAGGUCUAUGGCAGGUCUUCUGGUCUACAUCGUGUCAUCAAAGUUGUGUAUGAUGCUGGUGAACUCAAGGUGUUUGAGGAAAUGAGAUAUCAACUAUUUCUUUCCCUGGUAAAUUUAUGCAAAAUCAUUAAAAUAUAGAUUUUU